GCUUGUUUCUGUCUCUUCCCUCAACCACCUCCUUCUCCAGCCUGCUCGACGUCCCAGCCAGCCAGCCAAGCCAGCCUUGCUCAAUACUCACUGACUGACUAGGCCAGAGGCGAGAGAGAGCAUCUCCCACCGAACCAGUUCAUCGCAAAAGGCACGCCUUCGCUGUGCGUCCGCCACCAGAACAAGCUCAGCUUUUAUCCUCGGCUUCCACUCUACUCCUCAGGUCUCUUUUUCGCCUAUUUUACGACCCGCUACACGACCCUUCCCUCUCUUCAGGCCUCGCGAGAGCCACAACGUCCACAUCGCUACACUCGCCGCAAGUUUUCGACCGCGACUGCCCCGCCAGGUCGAACGCUCGCUCCCUUUCUCGACGCUCCCCACAGCAGAUGCCAGUGCCCGUUCCAUUCCAAGACACCGCUCGUGCACACCCCGUCAACAAGCACGCCGUUUACCCUGGCCAUCAACACCAAGCCCGCUCAGACAAACUGACGCUCUCUCUCCCUUGCCCUCCUCCGGGGCACUUCCCCUCUUUUGGGUCCCGCGAGGAGUGGCCUUCCGCCCUUUCCUCCUCCCGCAGCGACAGGCCCCGUCGCAUCUGGGAAGAGGACGAUACCCACCAUUCCUCGGCCCAGUUCCAGGGUUUUCCUAAUGGGUUGGCCAACGCGGGCAACGCGUCGGCUAUUAAAGGUGAUCGCGCGCAAGCGUGCAUUCCGCCCGGUUUCGCUCACUUCUCCCAUCCCGACCAAUAUCCCUCUCACAGCCAGGCUCAGCCUCAGCCCGACUGGGAGGAGGAGGCCGAUGAUGAGAUGAGCUUCAACUCCCUGGAUUACGAGAUCGAGAGCCAGUGGAGCGCUUCUUCUCCCGACUCUCAGCCCGGCCCACAAAUGGCACUUGACACUCAUUAUCUUCCUCCUCACCACCAAGGGCACGAUGGCAACCAGAGUCUCUCCCACGACGGCGAGGACACUGAGACUGCUACGUACUCUCCUACUUAUGACGGAACGUCCCCCGAGCCCGAUGACGGCGUUGGUCCUGCGUCCAGCCCCCUCGGCCCAGUCACCCCCUUCGGUGACUUCGUCGAUCGUGCUGUUUCCGCAACAGUCUACCAUCCCGCCAUGAACGUCCCGUACCAGCCUCAGAUGUUUGCGCUACCUCCGACCUAUGUGCAUCCACCAGCUCACCCGGUCGAAGUUCCGGCCGUUGUGGACCCUGUCGCACCUCCCUCUGCCACGACCGCUUAUAAGAAAGUCGCGGACCCUCUUGCAGAGUGGAUGGCGUCGUACGUCUGGAAGGCCUGCAUAAUGGGCACCGAUCUUCCUCCAAGUUUCGUAGCAUCUGGUGAUUCGCCGCUCAAUCGCCAUUCCAGCAUUCCACCCACGUAUCUGGCCAGCUCCAUUCGCUCUCUUUUCAUGUCGACCUUGCUUCAACCGACCGCUAUCGUCUUGGCCGUGUGGUACAUCGUUCACCUCCCGGUCUACUUCGGGCCCGUGUCGUUUAGCUCCGCGCAGCAGAAGGAGACCCUUUUCAGGGCCGAACUGUUUGGAUAUCACCCGCACGAGCGGAUGCAUAACGAACAGCAAGCUCCGUACAGGUUGGUCCUGCUUGGAUGCAUGCUUGCGAAUAAGUGGUUGGACGACCAUACAUUCUCCAACAAGACUUGGCAUACUAUCUCCAACGUGCCGAUCCAGUCGCUCAACCGCCUCGAGGCCUGUGCGCUCGAAGUUUUCUCUCAUGAUCUCUCUGUCUCUCCGGAGGCGUGGUCCAAAUGGCUCCAACAUACUUUGGCUGGCCACAUCUCUUCUUCGACCUCGUCCCAGCCUCAGCCCAUCUCUCGUCCUUCUUCGAAUCCGCACUCCAUCGUGCGCAAGACCCUUGAUGAUCUUAUCGAAGCGGUCACGGUCGUGAAGGUCGCACACCCUUGUUCCCCGUCCUGCGGAUACUCUCAUUACGAGCCUGUUUUCCUUGGCCUUGAGGAGCGGAAGAAGGAGAAGCUUGGCCUUGGCGAGAGCUCCAACCAUGAAAUCAUGGAGAUCGAUUUGGAUGAAGACGGGCCCCUUCGCGAGGAGUACAUCCCGAGACGUCGCACUUCCGUCCGUGACACCUCUAGGGACAGUCAGAGGGAGAUUGUGCUGCCUUCGCUGCUUCAGCACUGCGACUGGCAGAUGCGGGAGAGGACCCUUCCGCCACCUGCCAAAUGGAGUCCUGCGGCAGAUGAACCGAUCCGUCGUGAUGACCAUCGCGUUCAAAGUCAAUACGUGGCCGUCCAGCCCUCCAUGGCUCCGCCUUCUGCGCCCAUUUUAGGCCCUGUCGCACCUUUCCUCUCGUCCGUGAUGCACGUUUCGGGUUACCCGCCUCAGCCUCAGCCUAUCUGGGACCCGAUGUAUCAAGUACAACCCAGGGUACAGCUUCCCCCGAUCUACCCUCAAUACAGCCAGGGGUACGACAACAGUUCGAACGGCGCGCCCGCGCAGCCCAUUCAGUCGCAUCCACACGUGCACAACCAUACCCGAUCGUCCUCCUCGUACCUCGAGAACUACGCGCCUGGUCACGGCCAGCAGCAUAACCGUUCGCUUUCUCAGUCGUACUCGCAGUCGCAGUUCGGCCACCUGUACAGUGAUGCGAGGAUGGCCAUGCAGAAACUUCCGACACCGCCCGAGCUGCACUGGCAUGCGAUGGAUAGGUACGGGUAUGGGCAUGCAUACGGACGACCUUUUGGCCAAGAGUCAAUGGCGCCUUACCAGCCGACAUGGAUCAGGGCUUGAUGCUCUUCUUGAUGGAGUGACUGGACUCUCAACACUACGCUUCGCGCCGUGGACGCUUGCGCUGUGGAUCGUGGCUCAGAUGGCCCGUAAUCUUUCCAUUUCCUUUCCUUCUGUCAAUUCUUUUCCACUGGGCCAUGCUCGCUACAGCGAUCCAUAUAACAUCGCAUAGACGGCUCAACAUAUAUGUUCUCGCUUGAUUCGCUUUCUUCAUGUUCUCUCACGUCUUUACCGUCAAUCUUCUGGCACAUCUGUCCCCGGUCCCGUUUCAAUCCUCUCCAGUCUCAAGCAGUCUCCUUUACUUUGUUUGCCAGCACUAUAUUUUUUCCUGCUCAGCCUCUCCCGUCGUCCCCGUCUCCUACGACAUCGUCUAUCUUGUCCAUAGGGAGCUAGGCCUUCUCGUCUCAUUCCAUCUCUCUCAUCUCAGUCUCAGUCUCAGUCUCGUCCCUCGUCAUACUCCGUUGGCUCGCUGUCGUUACAAACGUUCCGACACCGUGACCAGGAGAGGCUGGUAGGACCAUCUAUCGAUCCAUCAUCAUUCGGUCCGCAUUAUUCAAGGACAGUUUGUUAUACCGCGUUGCGCAUACAGAAUGCACGCGGAUCUUCAUGGCCUUGAGAUGUACUUGUUUUCGUUUCUCAUCUCUGUUUCUGUUCACGCCUGUUUCAUUUCGCGUUUCGUUCCGUACGUACGUACGCAUUGGGUCUCGUUGUUCGCUUCCUUUUCGUCUUCGUUGCCCCACUCUGUUCAUAGGUGUCUACUUUAUUUGUUUGACGUAUGCCGUCGUCGGACGGGUGGCCUCUGCGCUAUCCGGCGCUGACGGCGGUCACCUUUCAUGCUGACUCCUCAUUCCCCUUCACUGAUCUCAAGUAUCAUUCCAUGCCUCAUCCAUUCUUCUCGUUCAUCGUUCAAUGUUCAUCGUUCAGCAUAUAGUUGACAUCUCAUUCUCCUAAUAACGCUACCCAUCCCAUCACUUCCUCUUCUUGGUCCAUUUCUCACUUCUCGUCUCAUCAUGUCUUUCACUUCUGCUUCUCUGUUCGCUCCUCAUUAUUAUUUCUCCUCGUCUUUCGUCUCGUUCUCAUUGAUUGUUCGGUUUAGUUGAACCCUCGCGCUACGUGCUACGUCUAGUCUACUACGAAACCCGCACAAAAACACUCGGAAAAACGUCCUCUCUUUUGAUAAAACCCUUAAAAAUCUUUUUCGCUUUUUUUUUAUCUCUUCAUUCCUCUCUGUCAUUCUCCAUUCGAUCACAUCGUUUCGUCGAUAUUGGUCUCUUACUGCCCCACCCCGCUUCCCUCCCCUUCCUCCCCAUCAGGUCCACCAUCUUCGUCCUGCCCUCCACGGUACCACUCGCACUUCAGGCCAAUAGCGCCUUUCCUCUCCCUCUCCGCCCCCAUUCAACAUCUAUAUCUCCACCCUACCCCACUGUCAUCCCCACUCCCCCCACCCCACUCGCUCACUCGUCCCGUCGUUUGUCGUCUAGUCCGUCAGUGUUCAUACUUGCUGUCCCAUAGUCGAGUAUAGACUUUUGAUCCGGUCGGUCUCCUGGUAGUUCUCUUUUCGCUCGGUCCUCAGUCCCCAGUCUCGUUCUGAUUCUGAUCUCUUCCGGCUGAUUAUUUAACUAUCCAACUUUCUGCUACCGACCUACUACACUUACCUACGACCCAUAACUUUCCGUAAUGGCGAUCAUUUCAAUCCUACACCUUCUCCUCCUCCCCUUCCCCCUUCCCUCUUCGAGUCUCGCAAACAUACCACACGGCACGCAUGAUGCAUCAUAAGUUACGUAUUGUACAUCCACGGUUUUUCGUCUGCCUCCUUUACUGGUCACCUAUACCUACUAUAUCUGG